AUGGUUCUUAGGAAGGAGACACCAAGUUUUACUGCUGAAGACAACUUCAGGCGAAAGUUCUCUUUGGUUUUCAGUAGCCCUGACCUCCCUCAUAUGGAAGCUCAACAUCUUCAUUCUCUGUGCACGAAAUGCAUCCAUUGUUGUUGUGCUUCAGUGAGUUGGUUGCCUGCUAUUGAUGUUGUUGGGUUGGAUAGGAGUUACUAUGCAUGA